AGAACGAAGAAGCUGCGGCGGAUGAUGAGGCUGAGAGAUAGCAUUGACAGAUAAAGCUGAAGACACACAGCCCUUAAAAUGGCAACCACAAGAGCAGCUACAUUUACAGCAAAGAUUCGUAAUCUAAAGGACUACCACUACAGGGUGACCAACAACCUUACCCCCCAGCCCCUGGGUGGGGACAUUGCCAGCACUCUUAAGUACUUCUCAAGCACUCUCCUCAGCAUUUUGAAGGAUGUUCCUAACAUACCAGCUGAGAGCUACGGGCCACGGCAGCGAGACAGCGUGCGUCUGUCCGUGUUCCCAAACCUGAACUACGCAGGUCUCUACAAGGCCACACUGAGCAUGAUUGAUCUGGUUCCAUGUGUCCAGACUGGGCAUUUAGAGCUUGGAGAGUCAGUGCUAAACCUGCUGGGCUGCCUGGUCCCGUUCCUGGAGAACGACCUUCUGGACUCGCUUCCCUACACUGUGGCCUCCACCAUGGCCAUCUUCCCACCCACCCUUCACAAGGACACCAUAGACCUGCUCUGUAGUAACCUGCUACCAAUGACUCUUGGUUUUGAAGGCUGCCUGGAGCCGACCUACGCCAGUGAAUCAGCGGCCGCCAUCAUCAGCAUGGUGUUCCAGCACACAGACAAUGGAUCGUACCACUUUCAGAUCCUUGAGUGUUUUAUGAGUCUCAAGCGUGACAUUCUGAAGGACAUUCUCUCUAUCAUCGCGUAUGGACCUCCCAGCGCCAGGGCCCCUGCGGCUAACCUGCUCUUCUACUACUGGCCCCAGCUCAACCCCUCCCUGUCCGAUAGGAGGGGUAUCCACUGCAAAUACUCAGCCUGGCCACCCGUGCUGUGUCAGAGAGAGAGCUGUGUGAACCUGGGCAAGUGCCAGGCUGUCAUGAUGUGUUUGAAUCCUGCCCUGGCAAUCCAGUCACGUGAUAAGCCGCCACCUCUAUACAUCUGCAGUGACUGCUAUGAAGACCUGAAGAAGGACCACGCCCACUAUAUGAUUGACAUCUUACUUCCUAUGUCCCAUGUGGCGUCCAAGUGUGAGAACAAGAACUGCAAGUCAAUGCGCCUGAACACAGCCGUGUCAACAUGUUUCUCCAUAGAUUGUGCGAGUCUCAAUGGAAACCGACCAAUCCGCUACUGCGCUGCCUGUAACCACGAGGUUCACGGGGCAGGGAAAGGCAAGAACCACGUGUUCCACCAGAGUAUCGAGCAGAUAUGGUCUUGCAGCCCAGAAAUGCAAAGAUAUCUAAUGGAUGCCAUUAUUUCCCUACUGAAGGAAGCCCAGCCCCUGGAGUCAAAACGCAUGGUGGAGAUGGGAGAGGAGCAUCGUCAUCGUCAUGGCGACCAGGAAGAGGACUUGUUUGUAGUUGAGGAGGCAGGGGAGAGGAAGAUGCUGUCACGCUACGGGAUCUGGCUCCUGGUGGAACUGUGUACGCCCAGGGAUGAUAUACCCAUAGAAAUCCUCGGUAGAUUACUGGGCAUGCUGUUCCAGUGGUUUGAUGCCACAGCCUAUCUGCCUGAUGACAAUGUUGGCAAUGCAUUGGAAAGACUGAAGCCUGAGUACAUUUGUAAGUGGUUGCGGGAGGUGAACAAGACCCAUUUUGAGGUGAUCGUCUCCUGUCUGUUACCCCACCCAGUGGAGUAUGCCAGGGUAGGAGGAGUCUGGGACACAUUAGCAACACGCACUACACAAAUCAAAGAGGGUCUCAACUGCUUCUUUUGCCUCGUACCAUAUGACAUCAUAACCUACCAGAUUUGGGACUAUGUCAUCCCAUACUGGAUGGAAGCAAUCCGCACUGAGGUGCCAUCCGAUGACCUUCACCUUCUUAAAGUUCUCUUAAGUAAAGCAUUUGACAUUGACAUGUGUCCAUUACCCUUCAUGCUGGACAAGAUGUACCACUUUGCAGAGGUUCGUUUCUCUGACCCGAGUGCAUACGUCCAGGAGCAAGCCCUACAGUGGCUACAGAUACUAUCCCGCCUGGACAUAGUGAUUCCCAUACACACGCUCUUCAGCAUGAUGAAACUCGGAAUCCGCCAUCUCCAAACAAAAGAGGUCAACCUGGAGCAGCUAGGUCAAGGUCACAGGGAAUCUAGCAACCUACCUAGCAAUCUGACAAGGUCAUCACCGACGGCAGACAUUCCGCCCCCACUGAGCCCAAACAAGGAAGAGCAACUCCCGACUGAGAGCUUUGAGAUAUAUGAACGAGAGACAGAGAUCAUCCUACCAUGCUUCAUAAUGAUGCUGGACUUGGUUUUGAAACAGUUGGAGCUUCAGGACAGCCCCCGUCACCUUGGUAUCUACAACGAGACCAGCAAGGAGCUCAUGUCUCUGUUGACCAACAUGCUGUCUGUGCCCUGGGAUGGCAUUCACAGCUGUGACGAGGAACAGGAGACUGUCAACUGUCAGUUCUGUGUGAACAUCACUCUGUGGCACCAGUUGGCCUGUCAGGUGAUGAAGCAGUUCAGCCCGCGGGACCCCUGUAAGAUCCCCAGCAAGGACCUCCCAAAGGUGGAGGAACUCGCCUCCUCCCUACCAGCCAGUAAAGAGGCAUCAAGUGGAGACUCUGUGCAGAGUGGGGCCGCCAUUGAGAUCCCAGAUGUCUCCUAUGACACCUCUACCAUGCCCAUCCAUCUGCAGCUGUUUAAUGCCCUCGUUCAGGAGUUCUGUUCCCUGAAGGACACAGAUGCCCUUCACUCACUGGUGACCUCCAUGAAGUAUCUCAUACUGCACGGGGAAUGUCUCAACUACUCUGUCAACCAGUACCCAGAAUUCCUGAAGUUCUGUCUCGCACGGAAACUCAUUCCCAAUCUGUGGCUCCAGCUGCAGGCCCGUAGCUCCCAUGUGGCAUGUGAGUGUGUCCCCCUGCUGCUACACUGCCUCACGCUGCCCACGGGCGCUGACAUGCUCUGGAAGAUUGUUGAGGAGAACUUCCACAGUGAUGACUGGAAGGAGAGGUUUGCUGCAGUUGAGAAGGCCACGGUCCUGGCACGGUUCAUGGAGAGCGACAGUGUCUUACACAACAAGACGAUCAAGACAGCGCUGGCACACAUCUUCUGCCUCCUGAUUGGUUCCCUGGAGGACAUAAAUGCUGCCAUCUGUCAGCGCACCAUCCAGUACCUGGAGACCAUUAAAACAGCUUCUAUCAAGUGCAUAUGCCAGUGCAUGGAGUUCCAGUUUGAUGCAGUGAUCAGUGACCGGUCCAUGAUCCUCCACUGUGUCCAGCUGCUUGCAAACAUCCUGCCCCAGGCUAACAUCCUCUCAUGGGACUUUUUUCUGGCCAGGUUCGACUCCCUCAGUCUGGAAGCACAGAUCGACCUUGAGGCUACUGGUGACCUCUCCUUCCCAACCGAGGAGUUGGCAUUAUCCAUAGAUUUCAAGGACUUAACAAGCAGCGACCGGGAGAGUGAGUACUUCCUGCGAAAGCUGAACCGAGCAAGAUUUGCCUUGGCCCGCACCGACAGCAUUCAGUCCGUGAGCAAGAGUAUCUAUGGCAAAGUUCCGUACCGGAGAGCAGUGUCGGUGCCAAUGCACCUUCUGAACAAGACACCACUGAAAGACAAGGACAAAGACAAGCAGUACCUGAGGCAGCAAUCUGCCCCACAGUUUAGACUGAACAGAACCCAGAACUCCAAGUUCAACCUUGGCUCCCUAGCAAAUUCUGUGUUCCAAGGAGGCUAUAUGAAAGAGUUUACUGAUGAAGAGAGCAACUUUGCUGCCCUUCUUCAGCGUGCUAUGGACCUUGAGGGCGUUGAUAGAGAGACAGUACACCAGCUGGUAGCUCUCCUUAUGAAGUUCAUGGUCAAAUGCCGGCAGGAGGAUUUAACUGAAGAAACACAGAAAGCAGAAAACAUUGUUCUUCGUCACCUGAAUGUGUUGCUAGGAUACAACCAAUCAGAGAAGUCCUUCAGUGUCCCUCCAUACAAACUGAGGACCUCUGCUGUGUUCAAUUCUUACUUAAGUGGAGCAUCAUUUGUUCUGGACAGGAAUUUUGAUUUGGGAAACAAGAUUCUGCCCAUAACUCUCCUGCUUCUCCAGUACGGGCCAUCUCCACAGAGAUAUGCCAGCGACUACCAGCCUCCAAACUACACCCUAUGGUACCUGGAACCCCACACCCGACUUUCAUGGCUACACACACUGCUGGUCAUCCUCUAUAAGUACCAGAUCAGCUCAUGCCCAAUAUCGGCCAUCGUUCAGACGCUGCUGCGUAUCGUAGUGAACACCAUCGAGGCCCAGCACCAUCACUGCAAGGUGCUCCCAGACGACGCAUUACCCCCGGCAACACCUAACAUGCCCAGGAGCAAAGAUUCUGCUCGGAUCAGCAUAAGCGACCUUGAGAAUAUCCAGGAAACAGAGACACCACCCCAGAGUCCCCCACCCCACAUCAACGAGGACGUAUUCAUUGAGAUGGUGCGAGAUUCAGGCACAACUUCAGUGAAGUAUAGCAAAAUAGGCUCCAAGGUGGGCAGGUCAGCUGACCAGACAGGGGAGAGAACUGAGAAGGAUGAUAGCGUUACCAAGGCAACGGCAGGCUCCACACAACUGGGAGCUGCAUCUGCAAGUGUGGAGCAUGUGUCUGAGACCCCAUCUCGAAGGGGCAAGGCAAGAAAGCAGCCGAGGAAGUUGGUGCACUACUUGGAAAAUGAGACUACAGACUCCUCUGACCAGCAAAGUGAAACACAGGUGAAAGUGAGGCCAGAGCGGCCAGUGAGUGUUGAUAUGAAGAUGGCAGAACAGUUGGAGGAAUUCCAUCGCGGAACUGAAGAGAGAGGGACAUCUAGUAGCCAGACUAGGAGGCAGAUAAAUAGCCCCAUGGCUCCAAGCUGCAGUAUGGACACGGGAACCAACCAAGGCUCAGAAACUGUUAAAGCUCUGCCUUCCUCAGAGACUGGUACCCAGUCUGAGUCCAUUAAGACUGGUGCCCGGUCUGAGUCAAGUAAAUCCACUGCCCAGUCUGAGUCCAGUAAGUCUGGUCCCCAGUCUGAGACUAGCAGAGAGCCGGAAGAUGAAAGUGGAGAGGAAGAGAGUGAGAAAACACAGACGACGUCUGAUGCAGAAUCUGGUGCUGAACACAAAGAGUCAUCUAAAGUGAGCAGGCGAGCCAGUGGUAAAAUGAGGGUGGGUAUGAAGCCAAACUUCCGCCAGAGGAAGUCACGCAAAACAGGGCUGUCUACAAUAGAACUGCAGAAGAAGUUCCCAGAACUGGCCGUGGAAGGUUCUGAGACUGACACCUCUAACAAGCCUGGACGCAAAAUGAGAAAAACGGAUCUGCUGUCGAGACCGAUCCCCAAGAAACCUGUGCCGAACCGCCACAGUGAGAUUGCGAUGUUUGAGCGGUGUUUGGACUGUAACGCCGUUCUGGAGGAGUACGAUGACGACACAAUUGGGCUGUGUGUGGUUGUCCUGGCAACCUACAUCCACCGCGAGCCCUCCCUGGCCACGCCCAUGUUGCUGGAGAGUCUUAUAGCUGUUGCUAGGAUAGCAGCCAGCAGUCCUUACACGUGGCAGACGGAAUCCAAUAUGGUUGUCCCAGGCAACAGCCUAAGUAUUGCCCGCCAGUUUCUGCGUUGCUGCCUCCACCAGCUCGCUCCCAACGGCAUCUUCCCCAUGCUCUUCCAGAGCAGCUUUGAAGACAACCAGUUUCUGAAGACAAUAGCUGCAGCCUUGGUGGAUUUUGCAGAGCUCCCGUGUCAUGCUGCGAUACACUAUUUACUGGAGGGCCUCAACAACACUCGCACCAUCAACACAGACACGAUCUCCCUCCUGCUUGACAACCUAGCCAGCUACAUGAACUCUAUCGCCCUGGAGACCAGUGCGGCCAUGUGGACCAACAUCCUCAACCAGUUUGACAUCUUCUUCCGCCGUCUCACUGAGAUACUGCCCGUGCCUUGUGACAUGACCUCGGUCCUCAAGAUCAUCACGUGUCUACUGAAAGUGAACGGCAUUAAUAAUGCAAAGCACAUUCUGGAGCCGUUCUCAAAGUUGUUGAGUAUCGCCGUGACGAUGUGCAACAUUCAGCUUCACCAGGUGCUAGACAUCUGUUCCCUUGCCAACAGGGUCUUCUCAAAGGAGCGUGACAAGCUCUAUUUGACGCGGACUGUGAUCUUUCAGCUCGUACAGGCUCUAAAAUUUAAAACCAGUCUACCAGAUGAGAACUUCCUGCUUCUGGUACAGUUUGUUCUGCUGGAUUCUGGGGGGACGAUUGGCAGCUCUAACAUCGUCAGUGACCUGGGCAUGCUGUACCACACCCACGCCCACUCUCUUAUGUCCACGUAUGCGUCAGAGUGCAUGCGUCAGUACCUGUCUGACUGUGUGGAGUUCAUUGGCGACCUUCACACCAUUUCAAAGGUCAAGGCCAACAUGAAGGGUGGGUGUAUGGCACUGAAUGAGGACACCCUAGGCACCCUUGUCAAGUCUGGGAUCGCCCAGUUUGUAGCCUUGGAGAUCACCCGUAGCAACGGGCAUGGCAGUCGGGCUGUUGGGCUGGAGCGCUACCUACCGUGGCUGUAUAAACCACCACUGACCACACAACAAGGCCCUAAGGAGUUUACUGACUGUAUUGGUCACAUCCGUCUGAUGUCGUGGCUGCUGAUUGGUACUCUGACACACACCGCCAUGACAGAGGGCGCUGCGUGUGUCACAUGCAUGCCAUUCCCACUAGAUGUCAGCACGCUGAUUGCUGAGCAUGUGCUGGUAAUAAUGACGGGAUUUGCUGAGCAGUCAAAUAUUUCAGCUAACCACAUGAGUUCCCUCUUCCAUGCUUUCUUCUUGUGCCAGCUGUGGACAAUGUACUGUGAGAGCAUAGCGGCGAUGUACAACAGCAGCUCCGAGCAGUACCAGGCUGGCACCUCCUCUGUGAUGGACUUCUGGGCGCGAGUAACACCUGGCAUCCUACAGCUCCUCUCACACUCCAAAGUGCUUGCAGAGAUGGUGAACCUUCACUUCCUGAGUCUGAUGGAAGCCUUACAGGAAUGCAACUCCAGUGUCCUGGCAAAGUUAUUCCCAAUGUGGACUGCUAUUCUCUACGCCUAUCAUAACCAGCUACCAGGCCACCUGCAGGUUCGUCUGCAGUCAGUACAGAACUGGCAGCCACCGGUUCCCUCCACUGAGCAGACGUGCAUCAACUCUCACAUCCUGCUCACGUGGCUCAAGCGUAUCCAGAUCCGUCUGGGCCAGAUUGAGGUCCAGUGUUCAUCGGCCGCCACCCAGUUCUACAGCAUCUGAAUAAGGUUUAGUGUUUUACAUGUACCGGUUCUAUAGCAUCUGAAUACAGUUUACUGUGUUACUUGUACCGGUAAGAAGUUCUAAAACAUCUGAAUGAGGUUUACUGUGUAACCUGUACCAGUAUGCAGUUCUAUAGCAUCUAAUACAGUAAAAUGUGUUACCCGUACCGGUAUCCAGUUCUACAGCAUCUGAAUACAGUUUACUAUGAUACUUAUACCGGUAAACAGUUCUAUAGCAUCUAAUACAGUUGAAUGUGUUACCCGUACCGGUAUCUAGUUCUACAGCAUCUGGAUACGGUUAACUGUGUUAUGUGUACCAGUAUGCAGUUCUACAUCAUCAGAAUAUUGUUUACUGUGUUUCCUGUACCGGUAUUCAUUUCUACAGCAUCUGAAUAUUGUUUACUGUGUAACAUGAACCGGUAUGCAGUUCGUCAAUAUCUGAAUACAGUUUACUUUACAGUGUUACUUGUACCAGUAUGCGAUUCUAUAGCUCAGCAUCUGAAUACAGUUUACUGUGUUACCUGUGCCGGUAUGCUUUAUCAAGUAUAUCUUACUGUUGUACUGUUACAUGUAUCUGUAUAUGGAAUCAAAUAAGACUUUCUGUUUCGGUUGGUAUACAUAAUACAUGUUGGCUAACUGUGUUACGUGUACUGAUACGUGAAAUCAAAACCUGGUCUGCUAGGUGUAUCUGAAUAUUCUCAACAGUGUUACAUUUAAGUAAUUUUUCCAUUAAUUACUUUCAGUUUUCAGACACUCUUAAGUUUUCGGCACCCUCUUUUUUAGCCAAAAUAAUUAUUUUUCGUGACUAUAUUUUCGGACAUACGGAUUUUCGUCCAUAAUUAAUGACUCCAAUUUUUCGGACAGUAUAUUUUACAGCGCUAGUUUACUAGAUUUCUGCCCUGUGUUCGCUUAUCUUGGAUCAUGAAGUUUUAAAACCGGAUUAACGUAAUAAAACCUGGCAUAGAAUGCCCUGAGGGCAAUGGACCAUUACAAUUGCGUUAUUGGAUAUAUUACCAUGUAUACCUGUAAAAUAAACAAUGGUUUCACCCAACAGCAUUUGGAAUGAUAUCGUAUUCAGGAAGCAGUAUGGUUGUUUUUUUAUGACAUUUUUAUAUACCAUUUUAGGUAAGAGAUAGCAAAUAUACAUGCUUAUCUGGGACAACACUUUCCGUUUAUACUGGAUUUUUUCUCUAGAAGAGACCUGCUUAAAAGAUAAAUUCAGGCUUAUCUUGGCCAUCGCUUUACGCACUUGUAUUAAGCCCAGUUUUCCCAGAAACAGUUUCAUAUAAUUGUUUGGAUAGCACAUUCAAAAUGAACCAAUAUCCUGCAUACAGACUGGUGCUCAUAUCCAAAGUUUCUGAAUCAAAAUGUGGAUGGCUGUAUUGUGCAGCACUGGGUAUCAUGCUUACUGUGAUUGUUGUCAAGUUAACCUGACGUUAUUGUUGUAAUUGUUACUUAUAAUUAAGUUGUUAAAUGUUUAUAACUGUAUUAAAUUAUUAUAUUGAAGAGAAAUGUUCAUCGACAUGUUUAUUUUUUAUGUGUCUGUAGAUUGUACACACAUGAAAUGUAUAGACUUUUGAAUGGCUGAAGGAUCAUGUGGGGAAAAAAGGUUAAUUCUUUUGAAUUGGACAUUGGUUUCGUAUUGAUUAAAACUAUAAAGUUGUGUUUGGAUUCAGACCAGUUUAAAAUUUAGAACACAUGUGUUCAAUAUUGUUUUAGUUACCAUUGUGACUUUUAUUAAUGUUAUAAACAUGUUAUCAAACACUUUUUUUGGUUGCAUAAUUUAAACAUAUAUGGGUUUGUUUUAAAAAUGUCAUAUAGUCAUUUUUUGUGUAGAAUACAACAUUCUAUUCAAAUAACAACAAAAUCCUUUCUUCUUGUCUAACAAGUUUCACACAUUGUGACAUUUACGUAAAAUAAUAUUUAAAUACCUCAUGUAAACAAAAAAAAUCAAUAAAAUGUCAUACUGGUAGAUU